CCCUGCUGUCAGUACAACGGCGCGCGCACUCACACACACACAUAGAGAGAGAGAGAAAGAGAGAAAGCGCGCGCGGAGAACAGCGUGUGUACGGUGACCCAGAGCGCACGAGCAGAGCGGCUGGUGAGUGUGAUUUAAGCCGCGUCUCUAGGCAACCGGCCCGUCUGAGGACCAUCACCUCCCGUUCAGCAGAGCUGCACCGGGACCGUGUUACAGUAAAUAUCCGGUGCAUCAUUCCAUCAUUGAGCUCUGGUAUGGACUAGCGGCUUUAUUCAUACAGCAGCGCACGGCGGAGCGUCUGUUUGUCGGUAACAUGCCGCAGAAAUCCUAAAAGGAAACCUCGCCGUUCUGUCCGGAUUGUUUUUGUUCUCGUGGAUUAAACUUGUGUCCGGGAUGGGGAAGGAGCAGGAGCUUCUGGAGGCGGCGCGGACCGGGAAUGUGGGGCUGGUGGAGAAGCUGUUGAGUGGGAAGAAAGGAUUGCUGGGCUCGGGCUCCGGCUCCAUACCUCUGCCCGGGUUACUCAGUAUGUGGAGAGGCGUCAAUGUGAACUGUGCUGACGGCUCAGGAUACACACCUCUGCACCACGCAUCUCUGAACGGACACAGGGACGUGGUGUUGAAGUUGUUGCAGUUUGAAGCCUCUACUAAUGUGGCAGACAGUAAGGGCUGUUUUCCUCUGCAUCUGGCCGCAUGGAGAGGUGACGUGGACAUAGUCCAGAUACUGAUCCACCACGGGCCGUCCCACAGCAGAGUUAAUGAGCAGAACCAUGAACAGGAGACGGCUCUGCAUUGUGCGGCUCAGUACGGUCACUCCGAGGUGGUCCGUGUUUUGCUGCAGGAGCUGACGGACCCCAGCAUGAGGAACAGUCGAGGAGAAACGCCGCUGGACCUGGCCGCCCUGUACGGCCGCCUGCAGGUGGUCCGCAUGCUACUAACCGCCCACCCCAACCUCAUGAGCUGCAAUACACACAAGCACACACCUCUACAUCUGGCUGCACGAAAUGGCCAUCACACUACCGUUCGAGUGCUGCUGGAGGCCGACAUGGACGUUAACACACAGACAGAUAAAGGAAGUGCUCUCCAUGAAGCCGCUCUCUUCGGAAAGAUGGAUGUAGUUCAGCUACUGCUUGACUCAGGGAUUGACGCCAACAUCAGAGAUUGCCAAGGAAGAUCUGCUCUAGACAUUCUAAGAGAACAUCCAUCUCAGAAAUCACAACAAAUUGCUUCUCUCAUACAAGAUUAUAUGAUGUCGGAUUGUGACAAAGGGAAUUUUCAUGAAGAUUUUGCCCGUCAGCGUCCAAUACCGACACCACGCACAUCAAUACCCUCACCUGUGCCCUCCCCGUCUCUACGGCAUAAAAGAGAGAUACAGUACUAUAUCAAACCGACAGAUAAAGGAAGUGCUCUCCAUGAAGCCGCUCUCUUCGGAAAGAUGGAUGUAGUUCAGCUACUGCUUGACUCAGGGAUUGAUGCCAACAUCAGAGAUUACCAAGGAAGAAGUGCUCUAGACAUACUAAGAGAACAUCCAUCUCAGAAAUCACAACAAAUUGCUUCUCUCAUUCAAGAUUUUAUGAUGUGGGAUUGUGACAAAGGGAAUUUUCACGAAGAUUUAACCCGUCAGCGUCCAAUACCGACACCACGCACAUCAAUACCCUCACCUGUGCCCUCCCCGUCUCUACGGCAUAAAAAUGACGCAGUAACAGGGGAGUUGUCCAAGUUGCUGAAUGAAAUAAAGAUCUGCCGUGAUAAGGAUUGCUCCUUUGAGGAGCUGUGUCAGACCAUCUCUUCUCACUCUCAGUCCAUGGAGAGCUUCGGCAGUGGGCGGCUGUCUGACGAAGAACGGAACAGCACUCUCACUCGAAUAAACAAGCGGCCCACUCCCCCGUUGCCCCCGGCGAUGGAAGAGGAGGAAAAGAGUUGCGGACCAUCAGGCCUGUGGGAGGCACUCACUCCCUGCAACGGCUGCAGAAACCUGGGCUUUUCUCAGGACAAGCGAUGUGCUGAAAUUGCCCAUUCUCCAUCACUGGAUGUGUUUUUACCAGAAGAUGUGGACAGCCCUUACGAGUCAGUUGCUACAGCUGUCACACGCAAACCCUGCUCUCUGGACAUCCAUCUCCACAACGCCUGUCCUCGCAGCGGCCACUUCUCACAUGUGUCGGUCAGUGAUGCAGAGCGAGGUAACCAUGGUGACGACUUUACAGGCCUGACUCCUGACUGCUCCCCUCCUUCACCUGAUACAGCCCUGAGGAACAUCGAGAGAGUCAUCCGCCCCCAGCCAAAGCAACGGACCUCAUUGUCCUCCUCCCAGGACGUCCAGAAACCCCUACAGAACCACAGCGGUGAGCCUUCAGAGGUCAGUUCAUCACUCGGCUACGCCAGCUUCAGCACCAGCCCCCCCGCCAGCCCCGCCAACUGCUCCAUCGGAUCGGUCGAAGACUACGGCCUCACUGGCCGCCACUUCCUGCCUGUCAUUUCCUCAGCAUCCACCUACGGCACUGCUGGCCGAAUGGGCAGUCGAUGCCGUUUCCAUGGCAAUGUCAUUCCUGGUACUGAGGACUUUGUAAUGGUAGCGUUUCAUGGGGUUUUUGAGCGUGUUUCAUCUGGUGGCAUGAAGUUCUGA